CUGGAGAGAUACACCAGAACAUCCACUUUCUCACACACUCUACCACAUACACCCAGCUGUCCAUCUGCUGCCCAGAGAUGGACUUAUUGUUUCCUGAGUAAUACACACUUCAUUGAGCAUGUGGCCGGUCCUCUGGUCUUUAGUCUCAUCCGAGCUCCCCCAUUGGCUGCAGACUGUGAGAACCUCCAGCAAACCCAGGACUCACACAUUCAUAUGGAGAUUAGAGAGUAUAAAUAGAUGAGGGAGUGAGAGAGAGCUCAGCACAACUUAGAUCUUCUCCUCACAGAGAGCUAACAGAAGAAACACAGCCAUGGCUCCUACAAUCACUGCAUCAAUGAUCAACUCCAACCACCUUCUUCCACUUACUAAUAAGCUGAGAAAGCCAAUAGUGGAGAAGAUGCAUAGAGAACUCAUCAACAGCAGCAUUUAGAAGCUCAAGUCUCUGCUGGGUGGAGAACUCCAGGAGAAAGCCGACAUCCUGGAGAUGACAGUUUAUUUCCUGAGACAGCAGCAGCAGUCACACAAGAAGUCGAGCUGCUCCACUGAAGCUGAUGAAGGCUACAGCAGGUGUGUGCAGGAGGCCAUCAACUUCCUGUCUCAGUGUCAAGUACACACUCAGUCCCAGAGAAGAGUGCUGAGCCACUUCCUGACCAUGCAGCCUUCCAUGGAGAAGAGCAGAAGUGUCGUUCCUCAGCUCAGCUCUCCAUCCUGCCAGAUCAGCAGCAAAGAGGAGACUCCAGGCUGCAGUGACGUCUGGAGACCUUGGUAGAGCCGCAUGUACACUUUAUCAUUAGGAAAUGUACAAAUGCCACAUUGGUAUUACAUUUUUUUCCUAAGUGUGAUGGGAUAUUUUUGUCCAACUUUUCAGGGACAAAAUAUGAGAAGUUGUUUUCAAUGUAGGAAAGCAUGAGUAGAUGUUUCCAUCACUAAACUUAAAAACUUUUAAAAAAAUAAAAAUAAAAAAAUCAAACACAUUCUAGCUAUGCAAGAAGAAUAUUUUCUAAAAUAUUUUGUUUCUGUAUAAGAAACCACUUUCUAAUGCUUUUUAUAUGAUUUCUUCUUGUAGAAUUAUUGUCUAUUAUGAAAAAACGAUUUUAAAGUUUAGACUAUUUCAUCUGUUAUUCAUAUCUAAUAUGACAGAAUAACAGAACAUGACAGGUUGUUUUCAUAUUGGAAAAGCACACAGAUUUUUCCAUUACUGUGCCACAUUCUUACUAUGCAAGAAGAAUUCAAAUAUAAUUUAAAAUUUGAAUGUAUAAGGAAAAGCUCGCAUUGAGUAUAAUCUUUCUGCACUUGCAGUACAUUAUGAAAUUAUGCUUUCAAUUAGUGAAAGUUUUUGCUCAUUUUCAUUAUAUCUUAUUGUGUAGGAAUAUGUCUGUAUCAAAGGGGAUAUUAACAUUAUUUUUGAGCAAAGUAAUGUUCAUCUAUAACCUUAACACUUGCCUGUGAAAUGUCUGUGACAUUCCCUAAUUUAGAAUGUCUAACUCCUAUGGAGUGAAAUAUAGAUAAAACUGAUGUUUGAGUUCUGUGUUGUUUAUACACUGAUGAAAAAUUUCUUUCUGAUUGUGCAGAAAAUGUACUGUUGCUUGGCAUUUUAAAGUUCUUCUGACUGCUAAUGAUAUGAGUUUUCCUUCAGUGAAGGUGAUCGAUAUUAUGUUGUCAGGACACGUGACUUAUGAUUGCCAAAAAUGUUCUGAAAAUAAAUUGUAAAGACACAAUCAAUACUGAAUGAUUCAAAUCUUUUUUUUCUAUUGAUAAGAAAAACACAACAUAAUUUUUUGUUCAAAGAAGCAGUUCAAAAUGAAUUUCUAUGAAGCUCUACAGCACUAAUUGGAUAAACAAUAUUUAAUAUUGUGGCAGCACAGUGGCACAAUGGGCAGUGUUUAUACCUUACCGCUCCAGGGUCCCUGGUUCAGUCCUCAGCUGUGUGUGGCGUUUCUAUGCAUGUUCUCCCCAUGUAUGGGUUUCCUCUUGGUUCUGAAGAUUUCAUCCACCUCCCAAAAACAUUUGGUAGGUGGAUUGGCUAUGCUAAAUGACCCCUAGGUAUGAAAGAGUAUGUGAAUGUAUCUAUGGUGCCCUGUGAUGGACUGGAGUCCUAUUCAGAGUGUAUUCUCACCUUAUGUCCCGUGUUUACGCUCCAAAUCCACCAUGGCCCUGACCAGGAUAAACCAGUUGUCUUAAUGUAACAAAGGUCCAAACACUCAGAAGGAAAAAAAAAUUGUUGCAUAAAAUAUAUAUUUUUAUGAGUGUUUUCUUUAGUGUCUCUUGGACAGGUAUAUUUAAACAAGUAUUAACUCUCGUACAAGUAUUCAUACCUUUUGUAGGAUGAAU